UGAAGAUGGAGCCUUUAAUUCUUCGCAUCUUUUUUGUCAUAAUAUUUUAAUUGUACAUUUCAGUUCUGAUUUCGAAAGUAAAUACACACUUUUUUCCGACCGUGUGUUUUGAGGAUUUACUCAGUCUAGGAGUUUGGUUUUGGAGAAUCACCUUUGACAAGUGAUGUGCCUUUUAGAGCCAAGCGCAGCUGCUUUGUAGGUCCAAGGUGUGUUAUUCACAUUAUUUUCUCUUUUGGUUUUUCUACAUUUUGUUUUUCCAAAUGAGGCAUGUUAUUUAGAAUCUUUUAAAGAUCUGCUGCUUUCCUCUGGACUCAUGGAUGCAGUUUUAGGAAGAAUGGAUGGUUAAACUCAGCCUCUACUAUUAAAAGAAAAUGUUUUGAGCAUCUUUAUAUUUCUCCUUUGUCUUGUCACUUGUGAAGAGAAAAGGAAGGGUUUUUCUCUUGAGACCCUCCAGGUGACUUUUGCAGCCAUUGCAUGACUGCACAACCCUGACGCAUCUGCAGAGGACAAGACUGCGGCAAUGGAAAGUAUCUUGAAUGAAAGCGACUUUUGGCAAUUCAAUGAAUCCUGGAGGAACUCAAGUUUUAUCAACGGAACCGGGGGUUUCAACCAGACGAACCCCCUGAAGCGGAAUGAAGAGGUGGCGAAGGUGGAGGUGACGGUGCUCGCCCUGGUGUUGUUUCUUGCGCUGGCGGGGAACCUGUGCGUCCUGCUGGCCAUCCACACCACCAAACACAGCCAGUCCCGCAUGUAUUACUUCAUGAAACACCUUAGCAUAGCUGAUCUGGUUGUGGCGAUAUUUCAAGUUCUCCCUCAACUUAUAUGGGACAUUACAUUUCGCUUUUACGGACCAGAUAUUUUGUGCAGGCUCGUGAAAUACUUACAGGUCGUCGGGAUGUUCGCCUCCACUUACAUGUUAGUUUUGAUGUCCGUAGACAGGUGUUUGGCAAUUUGUCAGCCCCUGCGUUCUUUGCACAGGAGAAAAGAUCGUUUUUAUGUCAUAUUUUCGUGGGUCCUGAGCCUGCUGUUCAGCAUCCCACAGAUGUUCAUCUUUUCCCUCAGAGAGGUUGGCUCUGCCGGGUCGGGAGUGUAUGACUGCUGGGGGGACUUCGUGCAGCCUUGGGGAGCCAAAGCUUACAUCACUUGGAUCAGUCUCACCAUAUACAUCAUUCCAGUGGCUAUACUAAGCAUCUGCUACGGGUUAAUAAGCUUCAAAAUAUGGCAAAACUUUAAACUGAAAACCAAACGGGAGCAGUGUAUAAGCCUGACGCCCAAAACCUCCAAGGGCAACACACUGGCGCGUGUGAGCAGCGUCAGGCUCAUCUCCAAGGCGAAGAUAACCACAGUGAAAAUGACUUUUGUCAUCGUCGUGGCUUAUAUUGUCUGUUGGACCCCCUUUUUCUCUGUCCAGAUGUGGUCUGCGUGGGAUCCAGCUGCGCCCCGAGAGGCCAUGCCCUUCAUCAUCUCCAUGCUGCUGGCCAGCCUCAACAGCUGCUGUAACCCCUGGAUCUACAUGUGCUUCGCAGGCCAUUUGUUCCAGGAUCUUAGGCAGAACUUUCUGUGCUGUUCCACCCGCUACCUCAAGUCAUCCCAGUGUCACUGUGAGCGCGACUUUGACUCCAGCCACAAGAGCAACUCCUCAACCUUUGUUAUUAAAAGCACUAGCAGUCAGAGGAGCAUCACACAGACUUCUAGUACAUAAGCUCCUGCCUGUUUUUCCCUCCUUCACGCUGCUCUACCUGCCUUUCGCCACAUGCCCUCGUCCAUAAAAUACUCAGCAGUCCUUUGGAUACCUUACACCCUACGGCUUUCUGUUCAAGCCCACAGCGUUCUAGUUUACAGUACAUUACAUGGAGAAGUGAAACUGGAUUGGGUUAUUGAGAUUAGUUUAGCCUUAGACUGGCAAAAUAUAGUUAAUAAACACUUAUUAGAUAAUCAUGGAUCAAGCUCUGCAGUCAACUGAAUCUUCUGUCUGUUUGGUUUUUACUUUUUUCUCCCCAUACAUAUGUAUAUUUAUAGAUUUUUGGCACAAAAAGAGAAUAAGGAAAAGAGUGUUGUUAACAAUUUCCAAUAUAUUAUGGAUUCAGUUGUGGUCACCAGCAAAGCUUUUGGAUCUUGUUUGUCCGUCUGUGUUAUGACGAAAGUGAUUAAGCACACUUGCUAUGAAUAUUGUGUACUAUGUUGUUCACUUUGUUAUAUUUGCAAUGGAUUGCAUUCAUGUAAACUGUUACUUGACAUAUUGUUAGAUGUGAGAUAUUAUGGUUGUCAUUGCUUAAAAAAGACGAUUUAAAAAAAACUAAACAAAGACUAAAAACUGCAUAACUAAGCUCGGUGAUGAUUUAUUCAUAGCAGCACUGAUCCUGUACUGAUUAGCCCCUUUAGAGUCAAGUCUUCAGAAGAGAUCCUUGGCAGGGGGCUGUUAGUGUUCGCAUUGGGAUGUUUGUCCAUGCACUAACGUUUCUGAGUUCCUGCGAAUUCUUGGCAGCACAUUCGAUCUUUGAACAUCCUGUUAUGCCUCAAAUGCAUAAUUGAGUUGAAAACUUGGAAGUGUGCGAACCAGUGACGUGUACUAAACUGUUUCUGGAAAUGUCUCUGUAUCAUGCAUUUUUCUGCAAGAAGUGAUAAUAAAAUAAACUGUGGCAAGCUA